GACCGUUCAAACCAUGUUUUGAGACGACCCUCCGUGAUGCACAAAAAACUGUGACGUAUUUCACAUUUGGAGUCUGGAUGAAUACACAUUUUUUAAUUUCAAUCUGAAGUAAACACUUUUUAACCAGUUGCCAAGCGAGUAGAAAUUAUUUGAAGAAGAAAAGAUAAUGGAAUGUAAAGAAGGAAAGAGACCAAAAAGACCAACAAUUCAAUACUACAGUAUACCUGCUUCAAGAUCUGAACGUACUGUUGCGUUGAAAGAGUGUGAUGAUGACAACAACAACAUGGGUGACCUUGUUGUUAGGGUCAAUAGAAAUCUCUUUCAGGAUACAAAUAAUAAUUGUAUAAACAGAAAUAUCAGAAAAAAACAAGAUAUUCAGGAAAACCAUGUACAAAAAAGACAACAUAACAGUGACAAGAGGGUGGAAAAAGAUUUAGAUCAUGAUUCUAUAAAUGUUUGCAACAUCAGCUCUGAUGAAUCACCGACAAAAGCAUCCACACCACACAGACAGAUUAGUGUUGAUUUAAGUUCACUAAAGAAUGUAGUGCAUAGACAUAUUAAUGUAGAAAUCUUAAGUCACAGAUUACAAAGACAGAUCCGAGUGAACAAGUUUUUAACAGGUCACAAACCAUCAGAAGUCAGAGUUCUUUUUAAAGCUUACAGAAAUCAAGAAUGUUCCAGAGGGGAAUACUUGAGCAUUUUAAAGAUUGUUAUGAAAGAUGUAAUGACGGGUAGAGACAUAUUACUCAGUGCAGAGUUCUGUAGUAUUUUGUUGAAGAAAGAUGUAUGUAAAGACCAGGGUGAGAGACUUUGUAUCCAGACCCUUCUGAUUGGUUUAGAAGACUUGGUUAGAGACUAUACCAAUCCUUGUGUCAGUGAAGAAAUAUGGAAGAAGUUUAUGUCUUUCCUUGUAGAACUUUUUUUCCUUAUAGAGGAAGAAAUCAGUAUUUGUUCUCUGUACUUGCUACCAUUGAUUUCACAUGCUUUAAAUAUUACAAGUGUGUUUGUCAAGAACUUUUAGAUUUUAUGAUUUUAUUGUUUAUUGUCUAUCUCAUUGGAGAUUGAAGUUACAGGUUUUAUUUUAGUCCAUCAUUGUUUUUAUAUUUUAUGUUUAAAUCAUGAUUUUGUAAAUAAUGAAAGUUAUUUUAAAAAAGAUUGUGUGUUUCCAGUUUCCUGACCAACCCUAGUUUAAACCCCAUUUAAAAAAAAAUAAUUCAACAAUCAAUUUUGAGGAAUGUGAAUUUAGAUACAGAGACUUUGUCAUCUUAAUUUCCAUCCAAAGUAUCCAUUUUGGCUUAAAUUCAACAAAUUCUUAACAGGAUGCAACAAAAUUAACUAAAAACUUUAAAUCACAGAUCUGUUUUUUUUUUUCAACCAAACACAUGGAAAAUGGUGAACCUUUGGUAGGGACUUGCAUUUAUAUUGAAAUCUGACUUGUUGAAGACACAAUUUCUUCCUGAAUUUUGGAAAUCUAAAAAAAAAGUUAAAAAAUUAAAAAUAAAGUUGUCAACCUACCAUCUCUAUUUGUCAACCUACCACCUCUAUUUUUCUAAGGGGAUGUAACUGGAACCACACAUAGAGUUUCAUUUGGCCUAACAAUAGUUAUCUAAGUAUAUAUGACUAUUAAAGCAUAGUGCUGUAAAAUUUGGUAUAUAUUGACAAUUUUUGAAAAUGAUAUUAAUGAUUAUAGAAGAUUUUUAAAACUGAGAACAAUUUAAAUUUUUUAAUUUAUCAUAUCAUAUCAUAUCAUAUUAAGCACGAGAUUCCUUUUCCGACAUCUUUGAUGCUACAGAAUAUUUCUUUUGCAAGUUGACAAAGUAUAUUAUAUGUGCAAAAAGUAAAACAUUUGAUUUUUUUUAAUAAAGUCUAUUCACCAUGAAAAUGCAUUGUUCAAACAAUCAUGGACAAUACAUUAGACAAAUCAAUUAUAUAUAUUUCUUGUGUGUGAAAAUUUUGAAAUUAUCUAGGGUGUUUGAAAUAUGUAUUUGUCUCAUCUAUGGUGAAAGUUGAAGACGUCCAAGUGAUGUUUAUAGCAUUUAAAGCAUCAAGAAGUGUUAAAUUUGUGAUCAGGUUAUAUCUAUAUCUUAUUUUUAUGCCCCACCUGCCAUGACAGAGGGGCAUUCUGUUUUCUAGUCUAUGCCUCCGUUCAUUUGUUCGUUCCUCCGUGUAUCCGUUCGUCCCGCUUCAGGUUAAAGUGUUUGGUCAAGGUAGUUUUUGAUGAAGUUGAAGUCCAAUCAACUUGAAACUUAGUACACAUGUUCCUAUUAUAUGAUCUUUCUAAUUUUAAUGCCAAAUUAAAGUAUUGACCCCAAUUUCACCGUCCACUGAACAUGUAAAAUGAAAGUGUGAGUGGGGCAUCUGUGUACUAUGGACACAUUCUUGUUUAUUUUCUAAAUUGAGGAGACAUUUAUACAAUUUUAAGUAAUCAGAAUAAAACCUUUAGAGCAAAUUGCCACUGAUGGUGACAUGAAAGAAUAAACAUUAAAUUAAAAUCUGUCUAAUUUAUCAUUUAUAUCAUGUAUAUUUGUGACAAUCAAUGAAUCAAGUUUUUUAUUCAGUCUGGAUUUUUUACUGUAAAAUUGUUUUUAUAAAAAAAAGUCAACUGAUAUUGACACAAAGUUUAACUUUUAACUUUUUUUCAAUAACAUACAAACAGUUGAAAGUUUGUCCUUAUGACUGCAAAUUAAGCUAAAAUUAGCCAACACAUAAAACAUUUAUAUAAUAUACCCUGCAUCCUACUUAAUUCUGUUGUUAUUUAGCAUCACAAAUUUAUGUAAGUUUAAACAUGUUUUCACAAGUAGCAUAUUCUAUUUAAAUUUUUGAUUUUGUCAUGUUCUUGAUGCUGAUUGGUUGAAUGGGUUGUGUGAUACUUGAAGUUAGCUGCUUAAUUGAAGCAGUUUUAAUUUUUAGAAAUUUUGUUUUUUAGACAGAUUUAAUAAAUCAUGUGUUAACUGACCAGAGGGGGAUUUAUGAUUUAACUUGGUAGAAUGUUUUGUGUAUAUAUUGUUGUAAGUACACUUAAUACCAGUGCUGUUGUUUUUGUUAAAUUUAAAUAAAAUAAACAUUUUAUGUAAAAGGUU